CUGGCCACACCAAUCCAAUUAGAAAGAAACCUAUUUAAGCAAAACGCAUCGAUCGCUCCGUAAUUUUUUGGACGCAGAGUGAAUCGGAAAUCGGUAGCGGAAUAAUGGGCAAUUUCGACGGCGAUUCUGAAACGGUUUUCGAGCAGAGCUAUGCGACGACCAACGGAAACGGAAAGCUGCCGAUUGGCAAUGGAGUGGCUGACCUCAGUGGCCCGGAGAAACAGGAACUUCUCCGGAAAUUCUCGGCACCCGCGUACACUGAAAUUCGCACGCGACGCUGCCAGCCGAAGCCCGCAAACGACGCCCAGAGUCCCAGCUCGAUCAACUACCAUCCCGAAAAGAAGUCGGUCUCUAAUGGAUAUGCCUCCAUUCUGGAUCAGGAGUCCAAGCCCAACCAGGCAGAGGGCAAACUUUCGCCGGAGCUGGAGCACUUCCAGAAGACCUCCUUUGAGGAAGUGCCUUUGCACACGGCCUGCCUUACGUAUCUGGGAUUCUAUCUACUGAUGAUCCUGGGCUAUAUCAACCAGUUGCUCUUCGUGCCUAAAGUGGCCACCGAGAAGGGUCGGGAUGGCUAUGUAGCCCUCUACGAUGCCUUCGAAAGCUUCUACUCGAGGUACGUUUACAGAAGGAUCAAGGAUUGCUGGAACCGACCCAUCUGCAGUGUUCCGGGAGAUGAGCUCACUCUAAAGGAUCGCGUGACCGAUGAUUACGGAUGGAGUUUCAAGUUCACUGGAACGGAGACACGUUGCUUAAAUCUGGGAUCCUACAAUUACCUGGGAUUUGCCGCCGCUACUGGACAGUGUGCUGAUGAUUCAGAGGAAAGUGCUCGGAACUCCGGACUGGCCUACUGCAGCUCCCGCUGUGAGCUUGGUGACAACGAGCAGCUGCAAGAGCUGGAGGCUCUAACUGCUAGAUACUUUGGCGUGGAGGAUGCCAUUGUCUUUGGAAUGGGUUUCGCCACAAAUGCGUUAAACCUUCCCUCACUACUGGGACCCAACAGUCUUGUAAUCAGUGACGAGAAGAACCAUGCCUCCAUCAUUUUGGGACUGCGUUUGUCCGGGGCCACCACCAAGGUCUUUAAGCACAACAACAUGCGCGAUCUGGAGCGCGUCCUCCGCCAGGGUGUCUGCUAUGGAAAUCCCAAAAAGGGUGGUCAGCCAUGGGAUAAGGUCAUGAUCUUGGUCGAGGGCAUCUUCAGCAUGGAAGGGUCCAUAGUCCGUUUGCCCGAAGUUAUAGCUCUGAAAAAGAAAUACAAAGCAUACUUGUACCUGGAUGAAGCCCACAGCGUGGGAGCCAUGGGUUCCCGUGGACGAGGAGUUACCGAUUACUUUAAUGUGGAUCCGAAGGAGGUGGACAUCCUGAUGGGCACCUUCACCAAAAGUUUUGGCAGUGCUGGAGGCUAUCUGGCUGGAUCCAAGAAACUGAUUGACUUUCUCCGCACCAACAGCCACGCCCAUUGCUAUGCUGCUUCGAUCUCGCCACCCAUCGCACAGCAAAUCCUUACCUCCAUGAAGACCAUUAUGGGUGAAGAUGGCACUGACAUUGGACGCAAGAAGAUCCACCAGCUGGCCAGGAACACACGUUACUUCCGCCGACGUCUGGCUCAGCUGGGAGUGAUCACAUACGGUCACGAGGACUCCCCAGUGGUGCCAAUGCUGGUGUACCUAUUUUCCAAGAUUGGCGCUGUGGUUCGCACCUUGACGACCCGCCACAUUGCCGCGGUGGGAGCUGGAUUCCCGGCCACACCCAUCAUGGAAGGACGCAUCCGAUUCUGCCUUUCGGCCGCCCAUACCAAGGAGCAGCUGGACUUUGCCCUGGAGGCGAUAGACGAGAUUGCCGAUGAUCUGGGCCUAAAGUAUUCUCGCAAGCCACGCGAUCCGAAUCCCGUCAUUUACUAGAAUCACACGCACACACAUAGAUGUUAAGCUUGGGGAAAUGGUAACCUCCCCGAUCGGUAAACCAAAACUACAACACAGUCCAGAUAGUGCUAAAUCAAUCACGAACGGUGGCUUACAUUGACCAAGUUUCAGUUGCACUGGGCUUCUAUUUAUGACUAAUUCUCUGGUUAUAUGCCUGAAAAGGGAAGAUCACUACAGCAACAGAAACAAAACACUAGAGCACAUAGCUUAAAUGAUACAAUAUUAUUAAUUAUUUAGCAUUUACCUCUACGUAGUUGUUAUUGUAUAUGUAAAAUCCAAUCGUCUUCUUUGGUCGGCAGCUGCAUUUUAAGUAUUUAUAGAAGAGAAAAUGACAGCGCAAUGUAUUAGGCAAAUCAGGUUUUGGUUACUUUUAGAGCUAAGCUAAGGGAAGCCGCUUUUUCGUGGGAAAGCCUCGAGCACCUCGCUUCUACCAAUUAAGCAUACUAAGCUGAGCCAAAUGUAAUGUCUAAGGAGUCAGCGAUACAAUUGUAAAUCACUAUUUUGGUAAGUCUUCAAGGGACCCAAAAUUUGGGUCAAUUUUAGGGCAUUGUCAGAAAAUAUAUAUGUAUAAUGAUUAUGUAUUAUUGAUCUUAUUUUUCAACCAAAAAAUAAAAAACUGUUGCUUUAUCUAAUGAA